GUGGGUAUGUUUUUCCUUUCCUUUCCCAUUCCCUUUCCCCCAAAAAACCACCUCAUAUCCCGUCGUUUCCGUUAUUUUCCUACCAUCCAAACAGGCGCUUCUCCUAAUUAUGAAGCACGACCGUUUGCUUUGGCCGACAGACAGCGGCGCCACUCUAUAGCCUUCUCUGCUAAGUGGUCGCUCGCAAGAAGCCUGCUUCCCCUAGCUAGAUCCCUCCCUACUCCCUACUCCCUAUUCUUUCAGACCCCAACUUCCUACGCAGAUCAAUUCUAGCCCAAAUUCUCUACGGGUCUUCUAUUUCUAUAUCUAUUUUAGUAUUUUCCGGGUAGAAAAUUUUCAUUUUCUGGGAUUUGAUUUUUGGUUUUCGGGCCCUCAUCUAUCAAGUUCGCGGUUCCGGCUGGCGGUUGUGGAAAUUUGGGAAAUCUCUCAGAUCUCUCUAGCGAGUGGGCGUCGCUGUAGAUUUAGCUUGGUUUGUGGGACCAGUUGAAGAAGGAGAAUGAGACGAAGAGCUCCGGAUUUCCGCCGGCCGCCCAGGCGGAGAGUUUCGAACGUUUUCUGGUUGACUCUAUGUGGCUUCGUGGUUUUUCUCUUCAUCGUUCUAUUUAGCCGAGAAAGCCAGCCGGUGUCAAGGCCGGCGUUAACUAAGAGAUCUUACAGACAUGACAAAAUCAUGGAAGGUCUGAACAUUACUGAGGAAAUGCUGAGCCCCAACUCAGUCACAAGACAAAUUAGCGAUCAAAUUUUUCUAGCUAAAGCUUUUGUUGUGAUUGCCAAAGAAAGCAACAACCUCCAAUUUGCAUGGGAGUUGAGUGCACAGAUCCGCAACUCACAGAUUCUCCUUUCAAAUGCUGCAAUUAGGCGAACUCCCCUGACAACAAGUGAAUCAGAAACUGCUGUCCGUGAUAUGGCGCUUCUGCUGUUUCAAGCCCAACAAUUUCAUUAUGACAGUGCAACCAUGAUCAUGAGACUGAAAGCCAAAAUCCAGUCUCUUGAAGAACAGAUGAAUACUGUGAGUGAGAAAAGUUCGAAGUAUGGACAAAUAGCAGCAGAAGAGGUGCCAAAAAGUCUGUACUGUCUUGGUGUUAGGUUAACUACUGAAUGGUUUGGUAACCCAAAUUUACAAUGGAGCAAAGAGAGAAAGCAAAAAGCCAUGAAGCAAAUAGAUAACAGUCUCUUUCAUUUCUGUGUUUUCUCUGACAACAUCCUUGCAACUUCAGUCGUGGUCAAUUCAACUGCUAUGAAUUCCAAACAUCCUGAAAGGAUUGUGUUCCACCUUGUAACUGAUGAGGUUAACUAUGCUGCAAUGAAAGCCUGGUUUUCUAUGAACAGUUUCCAGGGAGUGACUGUUGAUGUUCAAAAGAUUGAAGACUUUAACUGGCUAAAUGCUAGUUAUGUCCCAGUUCUUAAGCAGCUUCAAGACUCCGAGACUCAGAAUUACUAUUUCUCUGGCAACAGUGAUAAUGGCCGUACACCGAUCAAGUUCAGGAAUCCCAAGUAUUUAUCUAUGCUUAACCAUCUUAGGUUCUAUAUUCCCGAAGUUUAUCCAGCGCUGAAGAAAGUAGUAUUUCUCGAUGAUGACGUUGUGGUUCAGAGGGAUCUGUCAGCUUUAUUCUCCACUGAUUUGAAUGGCAAUGUUAUAGGAGCAGUGGAGACAUGCAUGGAGACAUUUCACAGAUACCAUAAAUACUUGAAUUACUCUCAUCCCCUUAUACGAGCACACUUUGAUCCUGAUGCAUGUGGGUGGGCAUUUGGGAUGAAUAUUUUUGAUUUGGUUGAAUGGAGAAAGAGGAACGUAACUGGAAUCUAUCACUAUUGGCAAGAAAAGAAUGUGGACCGGACUUUGUGGAAGCUAGGGACAUUACCACCUGGUCUAUUGACUUUCUAUGGGUUGACACAGCCACUGGAUCCUGCGUGGCAUGUAUUGGGGUUGGGCUACACAAAUGUUGAUCCUCGAUUGAUAGAGAAGGGGGCUGUGCUGCACUAUAAUGGGAACUCAAAGCCUUGGUUGAAGAUUGGCAUGGAGAAGUACAAACCACUUUGGGACAAGUAUGUUGAUUAUAGCCAUCCUAUGUUGCAGCAGUGCAAUGUUCAUUGAUUUUAGGCACAGAUUUAUCAAUUUUUUUUUUUUAUCUGGACAGAUUAGUGCAUAGAACUCAGAUUUUUUAUAAUAUCAGGAACAUCUGUACAAUAUUUUUGAGAUCAAGCAACACUGGGUGUAGGACACGUUUUAGGGCGUAUUUAAUUAUGUUCUUUCCAUUUGCGGUUUA